AUGUCGCUAAACGGGUUGGACGAUCCCAAGAUUGUAGAGGCGCAUCAGGCUGGCGUUGCGGAGCCUGGGGGAUGGUUUCUGAUCAAGUAUGCGAGUCGCGACGAAGUCGAGCUGCUGGACAAGGGAAAUGGAGGCAUCACCGAAAUCCGAAACGCCGUCGAGGGCUUUGACGAGAACAGCCCAUUGUAUGGCUUCUUGCGAUACCGGCGAAGGAACGUCAUUGUCAAAUAUUUACCGGAAGACUGCUCUCGACUUAUACAAGCUCGAGUUGCUGUGCAUUUUACCGCCGUCUGCGAACGAUUUUCCCCCUACGAUGCCAUAUACGAGAUUUCUACCGCCGCCGAGUUAAAGGAUACGAAGCUAUCUGCCGCCUGUUCUUUGCAUGCCGCAUCUGGGUCCACAGCAUCCUCUACAAGCUCCCGAAGACGACGGUUGAUGGAAAUCGCCGAAGAGGAGGAAGUUGAGGAACAACGGUCGUCGAAGCGACAGUCCAUAGGAUCGGAACCGGAUGGUGAACGGCCGCAAACACCUGGCGACAAAUCUACAAUCACAGACGAGGUCAAAUUAAACUCUGAACUGGCAACCUCCCCAGAACAUAGCAAAUUUUCAGCCUCAAACACAUCUGAAGUGCCCAAAUUCACGGGCAUUCACGACAGACCAACCUCACCUACGAAAUCAAUCGACACCACCGACAGCCGGUCAGAUAUUUAUAGCUAUUACCCAACAGGUAAACCAAAAGUGAAGCUCGCGCCUCGGCCCAAGGCCGACAUUACGAUUAGACCCCAAGUCGCCGGAAACUUUAGGCCCGUUUCGUCGCUUCCGGUCGGGUACAAGUUGUUUGGAAAGGGAGGGAAGAAGAGCAAGAGCAAGGACGCAGACUCUGCGUCUUUGAUCCAGGAAGAGACUCCCGAGAUGGAGCCAAUCGCCGAUGCUGCCCGUGCGUCAAACGAUGCGUUAGGAAUCAGUGGCGAUACCUCACGACCCUCCACAGCCACUGGUGCCGAGACGCUGUCCGUACCAGCGGUGCCAGCGAAACCUACCAUUACGCCCGAGAAAGCUAGGCUUAUGAAGGCCAUGAAGCUGAGAGAAAAGAAGAAGAAGCAGCAGGAGUUGCUGAAGCAACAGUCCGCAGAAGGGGCAAUACCCGGCGCCGAAGAAAAAGUUAUGGUGUUGAGGGGAGGGGAGGAUCCAGACUUUGAGCACUCUUCGCACAUUCAUGAUGAUGACGAUGAUGACGACGAAGAAGAAGAGGAUGAAGAGGAUGAAAUCCAGAAGAGCGAAGAAAUCGACGAUCGAGCGGCAUCCAUUAGCCAUGCGGAUUCCGGCGUUGUUUUGAGUAAUUUCUCGUCGUUGUCCCCGCUUGCCCAAAUUGAUGAAGUCUCUGAGGAGACUGCUCGAUCAGAGUCUCUAGCGCAAAGUUCAACAGUUGCCUCUUCGGAGCAUGAUGAGUCGACUCCUGCGUCUUCACUUUCGGAUUCCACAGAUGAGACUGUCCAUGGCGCUGUCACCGCAUCAAAGCCAGGGGUUGUUGAUGUUGGAAAGUCAGAGGCAAAAGAAGGCAAAAUCACGUCGUCGUCAUCGCCAUCAUUGUCGUCUGCCGCUGCUGCUGCAUCAUUACCAGAAGAAAAGAAAUCAAGCGCGGUCUCAACCAGAGAUAAUGCCAUUUCAGUCGCAUCGGAAUCCACCACAGCUAUAGCAGCUGAGGAAGCUACUGGGGCCGCUAAUAAGGGAUCGGCUAAGCCCGAAAAUGAAAAGGAGAAAAAAGGGAUUGCAGAGCCAAUUUCUCAGUUCUCGGCGCAUAUUCCGACGUCAAAAGCCCCACCAGCUGCAUCAUUAAAAGGCAUGGGAUCUGGUGCAGCCGAGAUUCCACUCAGCGACACCCCCGGCGAUGUUGCGCAGGCAGCAAACAAAGGGGAAUUACCGCCAGUAAAAGCUGCUCCACUGCCUUCUGGGUCUAAACUCUCAACGCAAGAUUUGGUCGACACUGCAGAAUCGGCCGCCAAAACCACCGUAGCGACGACGCCUUUGAUGGAUCGCCAGCCCGAGGACCCAUCGUCCGCGGCGCAGGAAUCGAGUCCAGCAGCAGAGACGGCUAAUGAGGCCGCGGCCACUCCCGACGAGCCCAAAGCAGGAUCCAAACCCUCGGCUAGCAGUCCACCACCGAUCCAGACAGAUCGGACGACGGAGCCCAAGCAGCAGGCCGCAGCGGAAAAGCAUGACGAUCGCGAUGCCGCUGCAGCUGCAGCUGCGCACGCCAGCAAGGAGGCGACUCAGCGCGGCGACGCAACGGUGCAGAAUGAUAAUAAGCCAAUGAGUGCCACCAAAUCUCCGCCCACCCCUGUCUUCCCCAGUGCUACAAUUGCGAAUGGCCCGCUAGGCGCAAGAGCUCCACAGGCGCACACUGUUCGAACAGUCUCUAAUCCUGUCCGUGGCAACUACAUCGCUCCGACAGAUGUAACUCAGUCUACGGCGCGUUCUCUGAGCUCCGGCGCAGCUUUCCUACACAAAAUCACGCAGCAGCAGUCGGCCAGCCUCGCCACCAUGAAGCCCACCGUCGGGUCGAGCAUCUCGCAGCGCAUCAAGGCGCUCGAGAAGCUCUCAGCGACAUCAGGUGAUCAGGCUCGUCCGGAAAGUCGAGAGCGCCCUCAGUCGACUUUUUUCGCCGUCCAGAAGAGGGACACGUCCCGACCGCCGUCCGUGAUGGACAGGACAAAGUCGCUCAAGGGGAGGGCCGCAUCGCCAACGCCGUCGCAGGAUGAGUUUCCGCUGCCGCUGGACACGGGCCGAGUGCGCCUGCAGAGAUCGGGCUCCGUCGUCAGUCGGGUUUCCAUGUUUGAGCCCCUCGUCGCACCGUCGAGCGCAAACAGCCUAGCACCGGGACCUCAGUCGCGAGGACGACCAGAAUCGAUUGCCGUUACGCCGAGAAUGUUGCGAGACCCGAGCCUAGCCUCGAGGCAGGAUGCCUCUGAGUACGGCUAUCAGCAGCAGCAGUUCGCGGGUGACCACGACGACUCUGGACGGAGGUCGAGGUCUCUCGAGCGCGACGGCGAGGAUGACAUGGGUAGGCGAUCCUCGCUAAAUACGGUUAAGGGUUUCUUCAAAGACCCGCGGAAGUCGGUGACUGUCUCGACUAACAUGCGCCAAACGAUAGUUUCUAGGACAACAACACAGUCGCCCAGCAGCCGGCGCUCAAUCACUCUUGAUCGCGAUAAUCUAGCUAACUCUAGUGUGACGGAGGAUUCAUAUUCUGGCGAUGAGAAGGACAGGAAGUCGUCCCGUGCCGGACGCUUCAUGCGCAAACUCUCCAACUUUUCCACGGGCUCGUCCAAGAGCAAGACUUCUUCGGUAGAAGACAGCAUCAACACCACUGCCACCAGCAUCACCACCGCAGCCAGCACUGCUGCCCCUACACAGGCCCGCAAGGUUGCUCCCCCGGCUUCCUCUGGCGACGCGGCCAUCGUAUCGGACCUGGGCGACGUCAACGUCCAGUUCCCGGACAGUCUGCUGUGGAAGCGACGAAACCUGUGCCUCGACGCCCAGGGCUUCAUCAUUCUCGCCGCGGGAACGCAGAGCGGGCGCGCCGUCGUGGGACCCAAGCGGUAUUUUUUGGGCGAGUUUCGACAGCCGUACACGCCGGACGUGGAGGUGCAGGAGCUGCCAAAUAGUGUGGUGUUGGAUUUUGUGGAGGGGACGGCGAUUCAGUUGGCGUGUGAGGAUAGGACGGGACAGCUUAAUGUGCUGCAUGUCUUGCAAGCUGCUCAUGCUAACUAUAGCCGAUAA